AUGACGGACGCCAGCCUGCUGCGCUCGUGCGUUGAGACCCUCUUAGCCUUCGUGUUCUGGCCCGCAGUAACUCUGAUUAUGCUCCCAUUCCUUUAUGUUCCCGUCAUCGCGCCAUUCAUUGCGCUCGGCGUCUGCAGCUCCGACACUGCGUUCGGCGUGCCUCCCGCCCUCCUCGCCUGGCGAAGCCUUUCGUUUCUGAUUCCGAUGGUGCUCUUUAUUGACCUGCCGGUAGCCGUCCUAUUCGCAGCGACUUUACUGAUCGAGCUUCUAUUCCUCCGGAACCCCCUCAUCAUCGCCGUCUACAGCCUCUGCCGAAGCGCCUCAAGGUUUGCCAUCGACCGCCAGCCACCGCUCCCCGACACCGAGGCCGGCCAUCCGGCCGGCUUUGUCAGCUCGGCGUUGGCUCAGGCCGAGCAUCGCGAACAAUCCUCGCCAAACACCAACGACGGCGCCCGCUACCGCGAGCACGACUCCGUCUGGGCUGCCCUCGAGGGCGACGGCGACAAGGUCCAGCCGGGAGAUGUGAGGCUGGUCAGUCUGAACUGGCUCAUGGCGCUGGCAGAGCGGGGCGACGUGCUGCCGCGGCGGCAGAGCUUGCCAGAGGAGGCCUUCUUGAGCUCUGCUCAGCUGAGGCGGAUUGAGGAAGGCGCCAGGCGCGGCUUCGAUCGCGCUGGACUGGAGGAGGCCUUUGUGCGCCUCAGCAAGGAGCCCUCCCCCUCGUCCAUUCUCGGCUUGCUCGCGAGCUUUUUCGGCCGCAAGCGCAAUCCUGACGGGCUGCUCCCGAUCGUCUCCAUCUCCUAUUGCUGGCUCGAGGCGGCGCAUCCGGAUCGAGAGGGCCGCCAGCUCCAGCUGCUCUGCCGCAAGCUGCGGGGCCUCUACGGCGGGCGCGGCCUGCUCGGCGCGGAUCCGGCGCUAUUUGCCGAGAGGCUGUCGUACAGGGAAAGCCGGAUUGGGGAGGAGAAUGCCGCCUUUGCUCGCAUGCUGGACAACACGAUGGACCUCUGGUACGCGCACGCCUCGAUCACGGUUGUGCUCCUCACGCAGCUGCCCGACGAGCUGCCCGCCGGCUUUGACCGGAGCCGGACCUACGAUACUCGCGGCUGGACGACAUUCGAGCGGUGCUCCGCAGAGCUGGGCGCAAAGCCUUCCUCGCCGGUACUUGCCAAGUGGAAGCUCGUCAUCGACGUCGCCAGCGACGACGGCGGCGCUCAGCGGCGGCUCCCGACGACUCCGAAGCGCAUGGCGACGCUGCUCGCCGCUUGCCGCUUCACCAACGGCGCGGACUCGGAGGCCGUGCUCGCGCUCUACGAAAAGACGGCGAAGGCCGUGCUGGGCACGGUCAAGAAGCUCGACUACUAUGGGCUGCCGCUCUUGCGUGGCGACGCGUGGACUAGCCCGGCGCUGCUGGCGGAGGCGCUAAACUAUUGCGAGAGCCUCCGGACCCUCGUUGUACUUGGGAAUCGCCUCGACGACGAGGGCAUGACGGAGCUUGCGGCGGGGCUCGAGGACGGCGCGCUCCCGGCGCUUAAGAACCUCUCCAUUGCGGUAAACCGCUACGGCGCGCGUGGUGUCGUCGCGCUCUGCGACGUGUUCCGUCGCGGUGUGGCGCCGACGCUGCAUUUGCUCAACGUCAGCUGGACGCCCAUCGGCGACAACGGAGCCGCGGCGCUAGCAACGACGCUCGCGAUGGGCAAGCCGUCGCGUUCGCUAGACGUGUGGGGCUGCGACGUGGGUGCCGAUGGCGCGAUGGCACUCGCGGCUGCCCUCCCGGCUGCGGGUCAGAGGUGUCAUGUGAACGCCCCAUUUAAUCGGAUGGGCCUCGCGGGCCAGGCGGCACUGCUGGAGGCGCUCGAGGCGAAGCACGGGCCGCAGCUGGGGCAUGGCUUUGCGGUGCUGCAGGUGACCUUGCUUCCCUGGUCGACCCCGCUCGUGCGCGCACUUGGUCGAGGGUUUCGCCGUGUGUUUGAGAGCGGCCGAAUGCGCGUGUAG